AAAGGCGCAUACAAUACAAGGGAUUUGUAUGGCCAUCUUUUUUUCUCAAAUAUAAAAUCAAGAUUCAAGAAUCAUCCACCUCUCAACGCGACUCUGACUGCACCUCCUCAUCACCCACAAUCCUGUAACUGAAGGAACCGGCCAGUUAUAGGUUAUCAAUGGGAGGCAAACCUGCAAAGCAAGAGAAAAAAGAAGAGCUGGGCUUGAAGAUCGUGCCACCUGUAGACCGAGCAUACUCUCGUUGGCUUGCUCGUGAUCUUGAGAGGACUUAUGGCUUCACUCCACGAAAUCCACCUGCUAUAAAACCCCCAGACCACUACAUUGAGUACAUGCGUUUGAAUGGAUGGUUGGACCUCAACCUGGAUGACCCUGACCUUGCACAUUUGUUCAAGUAAACAAUUCUUACUUGUAAAAUUCUCAGAUGUGAUAUGUCUAUACAACUUGAUUAGAGCUAAGGUUGCGGGAAUUUCAGUAUCAUACUUUGUGAACAACACUUGAACUUUGGUAUAGAUAUCACAACACUUGUAUGGACAUGAUACUUUGUGAUGCAAGUAUGAUAGUGUUUUAGUGAAUA